AUGAUCCAGACAGACCGUCUGUACUCUGCCGAUGAUCUGUACACGAUUCGGCAGAGAAAAGAUGAACCCCUACGGGAGUUCGCAGCACGUUUCAGUCACGAGUACUCCAGGUGUCCGGAAACGGAUGGUAGGGCAGCCUACAUUGCCUUUAAGAGUGGCCUUCAGUCCUCUCACUUUCAGUACCUCGUGCAUAGUAGCAACUGGCGCACAUAUGAUGAGUUAAUGAAGCAAGCGGCGAUCCACGCCAAGGCAGAAUAUUUCAACUCCAAACCAGAAAGACUGACGAGCCUUCAGCAGGGCACAAGCGGAAGGAUGACCGAGAUAAUCAGCAGGGAAGUUCAAAGAAGGAAUGAGGAAAAUACGGUCACAAUGACCACCGAGCACCAUUGCCGAAUCACGAUCGCAUGCAGGAAGUCUUUACUUUGUUGA